UGUGGUCAAGGCUCUGAAGCACCGAAGGCAAGCCCACCUCCUCAGGAAAACUCACUCCUCACUCUUCAGGCUUUGGAAUCCAGAUUACAGAGUGGAUUGAUCGUCCUUCAAGAGCUUGAAAGAGAAGUGAGAGUGAAGGACAGAGUUCUGCAGCAAUCAAUCCAAGUCCUUACUGACGUGCUUUCAGGGGGGGAGACUGUUCUCAGCCAGCCUGAGCAGGAAGGCCUUGUUGCCCUGUGGGACAGUGAUGAAGAGUCCAAUGAUGAGACUCCGGAUGACAAGUUGCAUGAAACGCCAGCGCUGUCUUCCAGACCUAAAAUUGACAAGCUGUGGCAUCGCAUCACUGAGGAGCAGCUGGUUGUUGGACUGAUACUAACCGCUGACAGUGCCAUACCAGCGAGCGGUGUGAGCUUAUCCCUCCUGACAGAGCCGGGCCAGAACUUGACGCCUGCGGUAAUUCAGACCCGGAGCCAAGUGUUCUGGCUGCCUGCGCGCGGCCCCUCGACGCCGACGCUCUCCUCCCCAUCGCCUGGCUUUGCGUUCUCUGAGCCCGCAGCCAAAAGAAGCAGGCAGCACAUCGCCAGCGAUGAUUUCAGUGCGGGCAGACUGGCUGUGACUGCGGUGACCAAGCUGGCACCUCUGCUGACCUCUGGCUGUGUCAAGUGCCGUGCCAUGCUUCAUUACGCGGAGAAAGCGGAGGCUGUUUUCCCUGGAAGCGGCCCAACAACAGCUGUACUCCACUGUGGGGAAGUUUCAUUAGACAUUCGUAAUCUUUGCCAGAAGCCGCUUCUGCAAAACCCUCAAAUCAAAACAGAUGAGGUUAGAGAAGACCUUCUGAGUCUGUUGACAGUUCUGGAUAACUGGGUUUUGCGCAUAGACUCUCCAGAUUACAGCUUGGGUGACAUAGAUGGCUGGAUCAAGAGGAGAGAGGGUUUUAAAAAGAUAGAUGUGAGUCCCGAGUAUCUGCUUUUAGAUUCUCCAGGAUCUUCAGCUCCAAUGCUGCUGCGCUGGCAUCAGAUAAACCCUUUCCAAGGGGAUUUAUCCAUCCACAGCAGCCAAUUACAAAUGCUCCAGUUCUUGGACUCCAUGCUGUCGUACCUCCCUGAUUCCUGCUUCAUUCAACCUGUCAAGCGCGCGAGAAGUCAGAGCGCGGCUCAAAAAUUAGCUUGUGCUCUGGAGAAAGAGGUGCUGUCACUCAGAGAGGGCUUAUCCUCACUUCUGUGUGCCAAAGAUGAAGAAGAGAGAAACGAGGGGCGCGCUGGACAUGGUGAAACCCCCGACUCUGGUUCUGCUGAGGAUCUCGUUAGGUGUUGUAGGGAGGCGUGGCAGCAGAACGUGGAGAAGAACCGGUUGCGGCUGAACCCCGUGGUGGACGCCGGGAGGUAUCGUGAGAUGGUCCGAAGCAUUUCACAAGUCAAGAUGGAUUCAGAUUUGGCUGCUCUGUGUCAGCUGAAUCAAUCAUAGGGACGGUUUCUGACCUUUUGUUACCCGUUUCGUCCACUUCAAAACCCCGACUCUAAUAAACACAGAUAUAAUAGA